AACCUGUGUCGAGUGUUGCAUAUUGUGUUUUGUCACAGAUUAAAAAAUGUAGAUUAAGAAAAAAACUCGAAUGUCAAACAAAUAAAUUUUAUCGCGUCAUAGAAUCGAAUACAAUAAUUAAUUUUAACAAUCACAAGCUUAUGUUGUGUGCUUACCUAUCUUUUUUAUCGUAGUUGAAAUCAAAGAGGAUAUAAAAUUGGUUGAAAUGAUUGAGAAUUAGGUUUUUUUUUGUUAUUCAAUCAAAAAGUAUAAUGCUGUAAUCAAUGGCGUGGUGCUACUGACGCAUCUUGGUAAAAUACUGCUUGUGAAUAGUGAUUACAAAGUGCUAUGUAAACGUAAUACUAUAUUUUCUAAAACAUAAGUAUGAGUAUAAACCGUUUCCGAUAAAGUCGAUGUGGGGGCAGCACUGAAAUAACAGAAAUGUAAGAAUCGUAAUCGAUUUUAAUAUUAAUUACAAACUAUGCUUAAUCCACUAUAAUCUAUGACUGUUUCUGAAUUUGAAACGAAAACAAAUAAUUUUUAUUUACGAUAUAGUCGGUUCGAAUUGUUAGAAAAUUACGUUUAAUUGUAAAACCUGUACCUUUGAUGUUAAUAGUAAGAAAUGUGAUUUGCAUCAUUGUUAUUGUUACAUUAUAUUCUGUCAUCUUUCCGGAAAUUUACUAAAAAAAAUAUUUUGCAAACACAAGAUAUUCAUCCGGUUCGUGUCCGACUAGACAAUUUGUACUUCGUGGACAGAUACGGAGCAAUCCAUUAUUUUCAUAAUGGAUUUAAUUGCAGAAUUGAUGCAAGAAAUUACUCUUAACAACUUCGAUGUUGGCUCUUCGACAUGGGUUGAUGUUACUUACGUCAAUAAUCCACACAGUUUCUACGUUCGUCCAACCUCUUACAGAAGUUUUAUAACAUCAAUGCAAGUACAUGGUCAGAAUCUUACACAACAAGAUCUGCAGUUAAGUAUGAAUGUGGUUUACUAUUCAAAAAGGCUGAAGCACUUUUGUAGAGGUUUAAUUUAUCAUAUAGAUACAUCGAAAAAGAAUUGUACUUGUGACGUAUUUGCCAUUGAUUUUGGUUGUAUAGAGAAAUCUAUUUCUUUAAAAAAUAUGUAUUUUGCUCUUGUUGAACAAGAGUUGCCACCUCUAGCAACUCAUUGCCAAUUAGCAAAUUGUGAACCUAAGAAUGGCUUGUGGACUGAUAAAGUUGUAGAUGCUAUGAAAUGUUAUAUUGGAAAAGAAAAGGCAAAAUUAAUAGUGAAAGGGAAAACAAGUGUUAAAGUUGUGGUGGAGUUGUACAACUCUUGCCCUGAUGAUAUAGCAACAAUGCUUGCAUUAACAGGUUAUUCCACAUUAGGCUAUAAUGAAAAUGUUAUAAGUCGCAUUCCUAAUUUUAAACAAGAGAAACAUUAUUAUACAUACCCAAAAAUAGAACAGGGUAAUAUUCUACAUGUCCGAACACAAUCGGGAAAAGAUUUUGAUAAUUUCUGUGUUGCAAAAGUUGAUGAUUAUUAUGAUUAUGUUAAUAAUGUAAAUAAUUUUCAAGCAUAUUCUAAGCAAGCACAGAGUUUAAGGCCGGAAGAUAUGAGAGAAAACAAACCUGUUAGUGUUUAUGUCACACAUCUUGUAAAAUAUGAGCGUGGGAUAAUACAAAAAAUUACAGUUCCCGAGGAAAAAGCAUUGGUACAAUUAGUUGACUGGGGUUCUCUAAUUGAAGUAGAUGUGUCAGGAAUGAAGCUUAUGUCAGAAUAUUAUUUUUUAAAACCAGUGAUAGCUAUUUAUUGUGCAACAGAAAAAAGUCAACAAUUUGACAACAGUUUACAGAAAUUUUUAAUUCCAGGUUGUGAGUUUCUUAUUAAAAUUAAAAAGGUCGGGAAUGGAUCUCGUAAACCCAAUAUUGUAACUAUAUCUCCAUUGUCUACAGCAAAAUAAAUACUGUAAUAAUACUUCAAUAUUUAUGAUAUUUUACUAUAUCGAUUGUUAAUCAAAAUUUAUUCUAUCAAAUAGUUUUUAGUUAGAAAUAUAA